GAAAAAAAAUAAAGGUUCUUGCAUUGCUGAAAGUCAAGACACUGGGUCUUCGGCAACCUCAUCAAGAUUUGCAGUUGGCCAGUUGUCUACUUAUCUGGCCUCAGGCCUGCAAUUUCAAUAUCAUCAACAGGCACAUAAGGUGGACUGCAUUGUGUUCGACAAGACAGGGACUCUUACAAUUGGGAAGCCACUGGUUGUUAACACACGACUCAUGAAAAAUAUAGUGCUUCGAGAAUUCUAUGAACUUGUUGCUGCAGCUGAGGUUAACAGUGAACACCCCUUGGCCAAGGCCAUUGUUGAGUAUGCCAAAAAAUUCAGAGAAGAUGAAGAGAAUCCAGCCGGGCCAGAAGCGCAUGACUUUGCCUCCAUUACUGGUCACGGGGUGAAGGCUAUUGUUCAGGGCAGGGAAAUAAUUGUGGGGAACAAGAGCUUGAUGGUGGACCAGAACAUUGCAGUUCCACUCGAUGCAGAAGACUACCUAGCAGAAGCUGAAGGGCUGGCUCAAACUGGGAUUCUAGUAGCCAUAGAUGGAGAAGUGGCUGGAGUUCUAGCAAUAUCUGAUCCACUGAAACCAGGUGCUCAAGAAGUAAUUACCAUACUCAAGUCAAUGAAUGUUAGAAGCAUAAUGGUGACAGGUGACAAUUGGGGAAUUGCAAAUUCUAUUGCCAAUGAAGUUGGUAUUGAUACUGUUAUAGCCGAAGCGAAACCUGAUCACCAGAAAGCAGAGAAAGUGAAGGAAUUGCAGGCUACACUGUGGCGAUGGUGGGAGAUGGCAUCAAUGACUCACCAGCACUUGUGGCGGCAGAUGUAGGAAUGGCAAUUGGUGCUGGCACUAACAUUGCAAUUGAGGCAGCAGACAUUGUGCUAAUGAAGAGUAGGUUUCCUCUUUAUUUUCUGUAAGAAAGACAAGUUUAUAGAGGGAACUUGUCUCAGAUAAUUGGAGUAAAUUGAUCAAUAUAUGGUUGAGAUUUUUUGUUUCCAGUAUUAAUUUCUGAUGGAAAUGACAUUUAGUUAGUUGUGGGUACAAUAUUGAUUGGGUUGUGAAUUAUGUUACUGUUUGGAUUCUGAUUAAUGGAAUUGUAUAUUAAAAAAAAAUUAUUCUGUAAUAAUUUAGCACCA